UGGAUAUGGAGAGAUAUAACCAGUAUUCCGGUAUACUUGGCAGUAUUAGUUCGUGCAUUAUUGGACAACAGUGUGGACCAACGAACCAACAUAAUUCGAGUUGCGCAGACCACUGUGUCGAAAGAAAGUGAACGCAACGCAACGUCGACGCGAUGACGAUGACUUCAACCGACAGUUUAGUCCGGUUCUCUUGCUCCAACACCCGCCUUGCCAAGCCUAAACUCAUUUUAACGCGGGAAAUUUGAAUUUAGAACCGCGUUUUUUUUUAUUCAGCCAGUUUUAAUUAAUACCGUUAAACCUAAUGCGAGCAUUAAAAAAAUAAAAAUGGAUUUACUCAGUGAAGGAAGCAGUGAACCACGAAUUUUGGCAGCAAGACAUCUUAGUGGAAAAACUUUACCAGAAACUAAUAAUGCGGUUAAUACGACAUUAUUAUGUUACGAUUACAGUCUUCAGCCCGACGUCGGUUCAUAUGUAGCAGCUCUCGGCAAGUACACUUGGGUGGUGUGGUCGUGCGGGGCGCUGGUCCUGGCGAUCAUCUGUCUGCUUUACGCCGUCACCCUUCGCUCAGCCCGCCAGCAUUGGAGGCUAUGCAUCACCAACAUUGCAGUUCUGAUGGCUGUUUAUCCUAUAGUGGCAGCAGCGUCGCUGGUCGCCAUCAUAGUCCCCCGCGCAGGCGUGCUGUGCGAGGCAGUAGCUCAGGAGGCCGUCAUGCUGGCGCUGUACCACUUCUUUUGCAUGAUCCUAGCCGAGUGCGGAGGACCAGAUAAACUCGUGAGGAUGUCGGACGAGACGACCCGCUGGCAGACACGAGUGUUGCCCUGCUGCUGUUGGCCGUGCUGCGUGCUCCCACGGCCGCAGAUACAAGUACGUAAUCUGACAUGGUUGCGCUACACUAUUCUGCAGAUGCCUAUCAUUCAAGCUCUUAUCUACUUUGUCAUACUUGUGCUUUGGGCUGAAGACGUGAUGCUGUACCUCAAAAGCCUCAUGUUUAUCCAGCCUUUGAUCGCGUUCUCUAUUCUGUUUGGCAUGUGGGGCAUUAUCAUGUGCAUCAGAACGGUUGAGACCCUGGGCAUAAAAGCCCGACCCAGGUUCCUGGCUGUCCAAUUGGUACUCCUUAUCGUGAAGUUGCAAUUUGGCAUGGUCAAGACCAUCACUGGGUUCUUUGAGCUGCCAUGCAUUAUGUCUUUGCAUCCUGCUGUAUUCGUCAAUCUCAUUCAAAAUUGCGUCAUGAUGUUAGAGAUGUUGUUGCUCUGUCUCUGGGCUUGGCGCCUGUACAGCUUACCUCCAGGAAAGGUCAUCGAAAGGGUCCAACACGCCGUGGUAGCCGUGGUCGAUGACACUUUCAAUGGCUUUGACGAAAAGGCCAUCAAGGAAGGCGUAGAAAAUAAAUCCUUUAAAUUUAAAAUCGAUAUGUAGUGCGUCUAGAAAGGUAGCUAGUUUUAUUUCUUUUAAAUCUCUCCCUUUUAUUGGACCAGUUGGUAUUAGUGUCGUAGAAAUUAAUUAUGUUUGGAGCUGUACUUUUGAUUACUAGAGAUUCUUUAAGAAUCGUGACGUGAUUGAACUGAGUGAUUGAUGAGGAGUAAGGGCAUUUGUAGUUGUUAAUGUCUGAUAUGAAGUCUACUUAGUCAGGUAAUGCUCAAGAAAAGUAAGAAGUCAGAAUUUUUUUUAACAAUGUAAAGAUAAAAUCUUUGUGGUAUUGUGAAAAAUUCGGGGACGUUACGAGGUAUUCUAUCCACAUAUUGUUGUUAACAACAUCACCGUUGUUUUUGUUUUGUAUAACAAUGUAUUACAUGCGGAGUAAUGUAUAGUUAAUGUAUAGUUAUAGAAAAAUUAUAAUGUGUCGAUGUACCUGAUUUAUAUGUAGUGAAUUUUUCGUGCUGUCAUGUGAGUGGUAUUUUUUUAAAAUAAAUUUGUAUUUAAUGACGA